AUGAAUCGCCGAAUCGUAACGUUCCCUCCCUUAGUUUGGAGACUUAUCCGAACUAUCAUCCAACUCGGUAUUUUAACCGUCACUGUCGUCAUCUUCAUCGUCAUUCUCGAUAGCCAGAUACGGGUCCUUCCAGCUUCGAUACAUGACCAUUUACCGUCCCAUCACCCCGGCCUCGUUGUCACCGAGCUAACAGUAACCACCUGCUCUGCCUUGAAUGUUUUUUCAAGUUGCACACUCGAUCCUAAAAUAUGGCAUCGCAUAGAAAAGGACCUUUACCUUGGCCAGGGGUGGACCUCCAAGGCAUAUUUGCAUAUACAAAGAAAGAAAGGGGACGACAUUCUACCGACUGAUAAGAUUCUUGUCGAUGUGAGGAUGGGUCGGCUGGACCCUGGUGCGGGGACUAGUAAUAAAUGGGAGUCGCGACCUGGAGGCAUUUGGAUACUGAGGCUACCACAUUCGACCGACUCGCAAAAAGCAAUAACAUCGGUUGAUGUCCUGUUUGGCCCUGACGCUGUUGACCCUCGACCUAAUUGGGAAUUAAAGGAUAUCCCUCUCAUGUUGGACUCCAAGAGCGAAGCAAGGCUGACCGUUCGGCGAGGACAGAGUGGAAAGAUUGAACUACCGGUUCCCCGGAUUCGAAAGGAUGGGAAGUUCAAAAUCAUGCAAGCGGCAGACCUACAUUUGGCUACUGGGCUUGGACAUUGUCGGGACCCCAUUCCAAAAGUUGAAGGAGAUAAAUGCGAGGCAGAUACCCGGACUUUGGAGUUUAUGGAUAGGUUACUGGAUGAAGAAAAGCCAGACCUGGUAAUUUUAAGUGGCGAUCAGGUCAAUGGUGAUACCGCGCCGGAUACAGAAACCGCAAUCUACAAAUUUGCUGAUAUUUUCAUCAAGCAUAAAAUUCCCUAUGCCGCUAUCUUCGGGAAUCAUGAUGAUGAAGGAAACCUAGAUCGCAGCUCACAGAUGGCUCUCAUGCAACGUUUACCCUACAGUCUCUCCAAGCCAGGACCUGAAGAGAUAGACGGCGUUGGCAAUUACAUUGUGGAAAUUCUCGGAAAGGGGUCCUCUUCUGCUUCGGCGUUAACACUUUACCUCCUGGAUACCCAUAAAUAUACCCCGGACGAGAGAAAGUACCCUGGAUACGAUUGGCUGAAAUCGAGUCAGAUAAAAUGGUUUAAGUCAACCGCUGAGGGUCUCCGAACUGCGCAUAAAAAAUAUACACACAUCCACAUGAACUUGGCAUUUAUCCAUAUUCCUUUGCCAGAGUAUCGAAACCCGGCAAAUUUCUUUACCGGGAACUGGACUGAGCCACCCACUGCUCCAACCUACAAUUCUGGAUUUAAAGAUGCAUUAGUAGAACAGAAUGUGGUGCUCGUGAGUUGCGGACACGACCAUGUCAACGACUAUUGCAUGCUUGAGAAGGAUAAAAGUGGAAAGCCUGCACUCUGGAUGUGCUAUGGUGGCGGUGCCGGUUUUGGCGGAUAUGGUGGAUACAAUGACUAUAUCCGUCGUAUCAGGUUCUUCGACAUAGAUAUGAACGAAGCCAGGAUCAUGUCGUACAAGCGACUCGAAUGGGGAAAUACCAAAGAUCGAAUCGAUGAAACCAUGCUAGUUGAUGCUGGCAGAGCAGUUGGACCAGCCAACUAA